GUCCGCGGUCACACUGGAAGGUGGGCAAGAAACAAUAAUAAUGCACAUUUAUUUUGGAUAUUUACUAAGAAUUCGGAUAACUAAGCAAUAACGCGUAAAAGGGGCUGCAAAUAAAUGCCUGUUUCUCUAUGUGAAUGGUGUGGUUUUGGUCGAAUUCAUACGUUGAAACACAAAAUUAUACAUUUUCUCUUUCUGGCUCUUGUGAAUCUUUGUACAAGUGUAUUAGUGUUGUAUACCGAAAAUCGUGAAAUGUAUGUACAUAUGUGCAUCAUGAUGAUCCUUAUAUUGAACCAAUUUAUAAAUAAAUAGAUUGUUAAGUGGCGAAAAACUAUAUUUAAAAAUAUAAUAACAAUUAGUGUAGUCACAAAUUAGUCUUUGCUUAAAAUAUGUGACUGUAUUCAAGUGUAUGGUAAUGCGAAAAUGUGCCAGUGUGCGUAAAGUGACAUACCCUUUACUGGUGUCCGUUUCUUUUCUUUUCUGAAUUGCAAGAAAUCAAAAGUUACAUUACAUCUUAAGACUUAUGUAGACUUAUGUAGAAUGCUGUCAACAACAAUGCCAGUUAGCCCUGCUCAAGCACAGACACAAGCAAACGUUGAUACUUCAACAAGUGCUUCGUCGGUUGGGAUCGGGAUCGGGAUUGGAUCUCCCAAAAGUGAUCCUUUUUCCACAGUAUCCCCUGACCAAACGAAAGCAAUGUCAGACGAUGCGAGUGAGAAAAACGGAGUACCAAAGAAUGGGAAAGAUGGCAUCGGCGCAAGUGGAAGUGCGAGUGGAGUGGGUAACGGUAGCUCUGGAACAGGCACAGCCGAUGGACAACCAUCGUCUUCUGUAGGUUCCAGCAGCAUCAACUCGUGUCUGAUCGCAUCUCCAAACAAUACCAGUGAGCACUCCAAUAGCAGCAAUGUAUCUGCGGUGGCUGCCCUUGCACAAAUGGGUGAUAGCGAUCUUGGCCAGCCGCAGGAUGAGCAUUCGAAGAAGAAAAAGAUGAUUGUCAAGGAUGAAGAUGCGGAAAAUGCUUCCAAUAAAGCUAAGGGCUUAGGUUCUGGAGCUGGCUCAGGAUCGGGACCGGGAUUGAAUGCUACCGUUGCGAUCAAAGAGGAACCCGCCGACGUUUUAACUAGCUUGGUGAAUGUAAAGAAAGAAGAGAAUCACUCACCAAAUAUGUCACCUGUCGGGUUUGGUUCAAUUGGAGGCCCAUCCGGGAACACACAGGAGAGUGUGGUAACGACUGUUAAAAUGGAACUCAAUGUCGGAAGCAGCAGCUCGGAAAAAACGACCACGGCGUUGAGCACUGACGAAAUGGGAGGAAUGGGAGGCAUUGCCUGCAAUCAUUUAAGCUCUGAUUUAAUGAGCGAAACUUCAAACAGUACGCCCGGAUCUAGCGGAGUGGCUUUAAACAUGAACGUUCCACAUGCCACUCCAGGAGGAGCAGGAUGUGUAGUUGGAGUGGGAAAUUUAAUGGCAGGCAAUGGAGGUACAUCUAUCGGCGUGGGAGUGGGAAAUUGCUUGGAUUACAUGCAACAACAGAAUCACAUUUUUGUAUUUUCCACCCAGCUUGCUAACAAAGGAGCUGAAUCAGUUUUAAGCGGGCAAUUCCAAACUAUAAUUGCAUACCACUGCACACAGCCAGCGACUAAAAGUUUUCUGGAGGACUUUUUCAUGAAAAAUCCGAUGAAAAUGAACAAAUUGCAACGGCAAAGCUCGUUAGGAAUACCCUGGAUGGGUAUUGUACCCGGAAUGGCUACAACAGGUCCCAAUCUUGUAUCAAAGUUAUCCCAGCAGCCAACGCCACAAUCGAAGUCGUCAGGCAGUCUCCAAAAGUCACAGGCGCAGUUCAAUCAAUCUGAUAACAGCAAACGUAAUGCUAUGAAUGCUCCUAGUAGCAAUUUUGCUGAUCAAACCGAUACCCUCAAUGAGAACGAUCUAAUGUGCUGGGAGUCAGGAGCGGGAGCGGGUGGCACCGGAAGCGGCUCUGGACCCAACUCUCGAAAUAAUAACGAAAGCUGCAACGGUCCUAAUGAGUCGCAAGCAAUAAAGCUCUUGGAAGCUGCGGGCGUUGACUUAGGGCAGGGCAAGUCUAACGAUUUGAACCUCAGCCACGAGAACAACAUCAUAUCGCUGCAAGGGGUUAAAGUGCCAGACGAGAACCUCACCCCCCAGCAACGGCAGCAUCGGGAAGAGCAGCUUGCCAAGAUCAAGAAAAUGAAUCAAUUUCUCUUUCCGGAGAACGAUAAUGGUAGUGGAGCAAAUCAAAUAAUGGGCAAUCAGCUGUCUAAGUUGCCAACCGACAUGAUGAUGAGCAUGCCUGGUGGAGGCAGUGCGGGAGCCGGUGCCACUAUUGUAAAUCCGCAAAUGCGUCAUAUGCACUUGCCAGGAAACAUGAAGCCUGAACACAUAACAGGCCCAGGACUAUCCGAAGAAGUACUGCUCCCUGGAGAUGUUAUGUCCGAUAUGGGAACUGCGAUGUGCAAUAGCGGUCAAAAAAAUAGCCUGCAGUGCGGGCCAGCACCGGGAGUGACACCUGUAACUGGAGCAGGAUCGAUAAACGUUAACAUGCAAGGCCCAAACUCUGGAGCCCCAAAUGGCAAUUUGAUGGGUAAUUCAUCAGAUUUGCUGGGUUCGUUUGGAAACACGAACUGCGGCAUAGGCAUCAUAGGAACUGGGCCAGAUAUGUCUAAAGGAAUGCCAAAUCAACUGCAGGAUGGGUUAUCUCAGGCGCCCCAAGCGGGAAUGGCCCAAAUGGAGUGGUCCAAAAUACAACAGCAAUUUUUCGAAGAGCGCUUGAAAGGAGGUAAAGCCAGACCAGGGACAGGACCUUCAGGGCCUCUAAUAGCACAAACACAUCAGCAGUCUACCGGCAGCAAUCAGGUGCGAAACUCCCUCCAAGGACCUCCGCCGCCAUAUCAUUCUACUCAGAGAUCGGCUUCGGUUCCGAUUGCCACUCAAUCUCCAAAUCCAUCGAGUCCAAAUAACUUAUCCCUGCCUUCUCCACGAACUACUGGUGCUGCUAUGGGUUUACCGGCCAAUUCACCCAGCAUGGAGGGUCCGGGGUCAGUGCCGGUGUCGACCACAACAGCAGCAGCGGUGGCAGCUGCGGCGGUAGCCACGUCGCAAGCAAACACAAUGGCGGUGCACUCAGGGUCGAAGAACUGUUUUCAGGCGGACGCGGCCUCGCCAUCAAAUCAGAACUCGAAUCCCAAUCGAAAUCGAAGUAGCGGCACAUCAGGAGUGCUAAAUCAUCUAAACAGUAAUCCGAGCACGCCACUAUCUCAUCUUUCCCCGAAGGAAUUGGACUCGUUUAACCAAUCAAAUUCUAAUUCUGGAGAUAAUAUGAAAAAUAGACGACCUAGCCCACAUCGUCCACGUUCUCCAGGAAAUUGUCUUAUAGAUGCAAAUAUGGAAACCCGAUUUGCAGCUUCUAGUCCUGGCGUGAAUUUUAAUCCACAUCCACAUAUGCAAAGCAAUACAAAUACAGCAUUGAAUGCCUACAAAGUAUCCUCUUCAAAUAUUGCCAUGGAGCGACAAAAUUCUGCGCCUGGUGGUCAGGUGCAAUUUAAUCGGCGUUCUGAUAAUAUUCCACUGAAUCCGAACAGUGGUAAUCGCCCGCCACCAAAUAAAAUGGCUCAGAACUUUGAUCCAAUAUCGUCAUUAGCACAGAUGUCCCAGCAGCUUACUAGCUGUGUUUCUAGCAUGGGAAGUCCUGCCGGCGCUGGUGGGAUGAAUAUGAUGGGAGGAGCCGGACCAGGACCAGGACCGGUUGAUAUAAAUAUUGAUCAUAGUAUGAUGUCCGGCAUAGAUUCAACUAGCAUGGAUGCCAUGAAUGCUCAAAACAGUUGUCAUCCCAUGAAUCCCUUGAUGAAUCCGAUGGGUCAACGUAUGCUGAAUCCGAAAAUGUGCAUUCCAGGUGCCCCUCCUGGAUUUAACCCUAAUUCUCCCAAUGGUGUUAUCCGGGAGGGUUUAGGGCCUGGCCCUGGCACUGGACCAGUCCCGUCACAAGGUAAUGCUCCGAAUUUCCAUGGCAUUCUACCACCUGGCGCGCGCUUAAUGGGUCGAAUGCCAGUCAAUUUUGGAUCAAACUUUAAUCCAAAUAUACAAGUAAAGGCUAGUACACCAAAUACCAUACAGUACAUGCCAGUCAGACCACAGAACGCAAACAAUAACAAUAAUAAUGGAGUAGGUAAUGUUCGAAUGCCACCUAGCCUGGAGUUCUUGCAGAGAUACGCAAACCCGCAAAUGGCUGCAGGUGGUAAUGGUCCACCAUCAAUCUGUCCUCCACUGGGAAGUGAUGGUGGAAUGAUGGUUGGACCAGGAGCAGGACCCAUGCUUAUGAACACCUCCACCGAGCAGCAGCAGCAGCAAAACAAGAUGGCAAACAAUCCAGGUAAUCCUGGAAACAGCAUGGGCUUUUUCCAAAAUUGCAAUCAAUUAAGUGUCAUGGAGGAAGAUGCAACGCUGGCAGGUCAUGAUAUGGGAAUGGGAAUUGGGCAACAGUCGAUGAUACGCGGCAUGCGCCCACAUGGAAUGCGCCAACACGGAAUGGGCCCCCGUUUACAAGCCCCCGUCGGCAACUUAAUUAAUAGACAGCAGAUUCAGUUCACACACACUGCAGAUGGGCAGCUUGAUUGCGGAGGCGACCCCACUGCUAUUUUUAAUAACGCACCCUGUAAUAGUUCUGGACCCGGUCCCGGUAUGUUUUCAUCAUCACAACAAUCCAAUCACACAAAACCUCUGCACCUGAAGUCGAUGACUAGUGGGAUGUGCCAAAAUCCAACGGGUGUAGGUGUCGGUGUUGGCUCUGCACCGGUACAAGCUCAAAUACAGGCACAGGGGCAGGGCCAGUCUAUAAUCGGGCCCAGCAACAAUAACAUAAUGUCAGGUGCCAGUAAUAGCACAUCCAAUGGCGCGACUGGCGUUAGUUUUGUUGGUCCCUCUUCAAACGAUCUAAAGUAUGCACAGCAAUAUCACAGCUUCCAGCAACAGCUUUACGCAACCAACACAAGGAGUCAGCAACAACAGCAGAUGCAGCAGCAGCAAGGCAACAUGAUAGCGAUGCCACCUAACUUGUCACCCAAUCCGGCAUUUUUUGUGAAUAAAUAAGAGUUUGCAUAGCCUGUUUACCUACAACUACUACGCAACUGCAGUCCUUGCCAUGAUUCAGAUACUAGUCUCCAUUAUCAAGCAUCCAUCUCUAAAGAAGGUUUUCGUUAAGCUUAUUAUCGUAGAUGUUUUAGAUGGGGAGCAACAAUUGAAAGAAACAUUCUGAAUACCAAACAGAGAUGUAUCCCAUCCGUAUAUUGUGCAUGUAUUUUACGGACUAUGUAAGAAUCGACUUGCGAUUGUGUAUAAAUGAUUGGCUAUCGAUCUAUCAGUUAUUCAAAUGCAGCUGUCUUUGUAUUUUUAUUUGAAAGCUGCUCUCUGUGUUAAAUGCAAUUAAGAAAAUCUAUGUAAAAAUCUAAUAUAAACAAAUUACUCUCAACUCUAUUAUAUCCAAUUUUAAGAUGACUGUAAAUUCUUCCAUUAAAAAGAUAAUUAACGCAACUUG